AUGGUCUUCGAGCGCCGGGCAGAGGACGGCAACCUGUCUUCCAUCACUCUCUCCCAUGCCAGCAGUGAUACUACACCACUACCAUCGCCGACUGCUCGGAACCCCUUAGAAAACGGUCCUCACGCAUCGUCUUCCUUGACCCUCACGAAUAUUAACGGUGAAGAGGAUGUCGAACUUGCAACUAAGAAUACCUCUACCAAGACAUCUACCGAGCCACCAUAUCACAUCUUUUCUCACCGUCAGAAAUGGCAGCUCGUUCUCAUAGUCUCGAUAGCAGGGGCAUUCUCUCCCCUUUCCUCGAACAUAUAUUUCCCGGCGAUAGACACCAUAUCGUCCCAGCUACGAGUCAGUGCCUCAUUGGUAGCUCUGACCAUCACCGUGUACCUGAUAGUUCAGGGUAUCAGCCCGUCCAUAUGGGGCCCGAUGUCAGAUACUUCCGGUCGCAGGAUUACUUUUGUUAUCACCCUCACCAUAUAUGCCGCCGCUAAUCUCGCUCUGGCUUUCACGGCCAACUUCCCAAUGCUACUUGUACUUCGUGGCGUGCAGGCUUUAGGUUCUGCGGCAACUAUCAGUAUCAGUGUCGGUGUGAUUGGAGAUAUGGCUUGCCCUGAAGAGAGGGGAGGCUUUGUAGGAGCCAACGCUGGAAUUCGGAUGAUUGGACAGGCCGUUGGCCCCGUGUUUGGUGGCCUGCUUAAUAGCAAAUGGGGAUUUAGAAGCAUUUUCUGGCUCCUCUUUGUCCAGAGCGUUAUUGUCCUACUGCUAUUACUGGUGUUCUUACCAGAAACUCAGCGCCAGUUAGCGGGAAACGGCAGUAUUCCUCUCCAUGGAUUCCAUAAGCCAUGGCUGUACUACCUGCGGCCACCUAAAUCAUGGACCUCGACCAAAAACAGAGAAACCCCACCAUCCAAGACUUUACGCAUAUCAUUCAAAAGCACACUUGUCCCGUUAACAUAUGUCUUCCAAAAAGAUAUCUUUGUUCUCCUUGCCUGGGGUUCUCUCAUAUACACUCUCUGGAGUAUGGUAACCUCUUCAACCACUACUGUUCUAUUGCACUCAUUCCCUAGUCUAACGCAAUGGCAAAUUGGUCUCUGCUUCCUUCCCAACGGAGCCGGAUGUGUACUUGGCUCUAUAUUUACCGGAUGGCUGUUAGACCGAACAUUCAAGCGAGCCCAAUCUGAAUAUAAGAUACGCCAUGGCUUCCCGGAAACAGUGAAUAUCAAAAACCUACCAGACUUCCCUAUUGAACGCACCCGGCUUCGCUUUAUGCCCUAUUUUAGUUUAUCUUUCAUCAUAUGUGUCGCCUUCUACGGACCCAGCUUCGAGCUGAAUGACUUGAGGAGGUAUUUCGCUGCUAACCUGGUGGCCUCAUUGGGAUUGCAAUUCAUGAUUGCUUUUACGGCAACCGCCAUUUUUAACAUCAACUCCACCAUGCUAGUGGACUGCUUCCCUAACGGCUCAGCCAGCGCAACAGCAACCAACAACCUUGUUCGAUGCCUUGUGGGUGCUGCUGGAGUGAGUGUGAUCCAACCCUUGAUAGCGGCUGUUAGAGUAAGGAACUCCUUUCUGAUAUUGACUGGUGUUGUCAUAUUGUUUUCACCACUUGUAUGGGUACAAUGGCAAUACUGCGGAAAAUGGAGGCAGGAAAGGGAGCGAAGAGAAAGUGAUAAAUCUAGAACAGUUUAA